AUGGUUUCAACCUUGUACAAGCCGUCAGUUUGUUUAACAUUCGUGUCUGCAUUGUUUGAAACGCCUGCGCGAAUUUCCUUGGGAAUGGACGUGGGUGGUAGGGGUAGCGCGGGAUUCAGGGUCGAAAUUGCACGGUGGUUGAAAAGCAUCGGACAUCAGUCGAGGACAGGCGGUCUCGCGUUUAAGUGGUCUAUCAAUUCCAUGUCGCCUUUGGUCCUGUUCUUUCAUUACGGAGUUCUGGCCAUCAUUUUCGGGAACGGUUUUGGGGAUGAACACGAAUACAGACUGACAAAGUAUUUGCUCGAUGGGUACGACGCCGGUGUACGACCAGCUAAAAAUUUCUCCCAACCCCUGUCGGUUGUCUUUGGCCUCUCUCUUCAUCACAUAAUCGACGUGGACGAGAAGAACCAGAUACUGACGACCAACUGUUGGUUGACGCAAACCUGGACGGACCAUCACCUGAAAUGGAACGCCUCGGAAUUCGCUGGAAUUCAAGUGAUCCGCGUUCCUUACAACCGUGUCUGGAGACCGGACACGAUUCUGUACAACAACGCCGAUCCACAAUACAGCUCGGCAGUCAUCAAUACGAACGUGAUAGUCAGCCACACAGGGCAAGUGGUGUGGUUAAGCCAUGGAAUAUUUCGCAGCAGCUGCGACAUCAACGUAGAGUUCUUCCCUUUCGACGAGCAACGAUGCGUCCUGAAAUGGGCCUCCUGGACGUACGAUGGAUACCAACUGGAGCUGGAGAGGCAAAGCGAAGAGGGAGACGUGAGCAAUUACCAAGCAAACGGUGAAUUCGACCUGCUUGAGUUCUCCGCGAGAAAAAACACCGAAUACUACUCCUGCUGUCUGGAACCGUAUCCAGAUAUUACUUACGAGAUACGACUGCGACGACGACCGACAUUUUACGUCUUCAACUUGAUCCUUCCGUGCAUACUCAUCAACAGCGUCGCCCUGUUGGUAUUCUACGUGCCGUCUGAAUCGGGGGAAAAGGUCACCCUCGGGAUUUCGGCGCUUCUCUCCAUGACAGUCUUCCUAAUGACUAUUCGCGAGACACUGCCGCCCACGGAGAAAACACCGUUGAUAAGUCUUUAUUACGGAGUCAGCAUAUGCCUGGUAUCCUUCGCUUCGGGAUUAGCGGUAGUUACCUUGAAUCUUCAUCAUCGUGGCGUUCAAGGUACCAGAGUGCCUGGUAUCGUUCGAUCGUUGGUCUUGGAUAAGCUCGCCAGGAUAGUGUUUCUUAAUUUCCAGGAGGAAAAGAGAUCGGACCCUGUCGAGCCUCCCAGAAGAAAAAACAAUUGUCCAUUGCACUGCAAAUCGGAACUGGCCCAGUCGCAAUCGUCGCCCAAGUUCGUAACCAGAAGAGAGGAAAGUAACAGCAGCAGUCCCAGUUUAGAUCUUGGUAAAGAGAGCCUUGAGGCGCAAUGGUUGCGUGUGCUGGGAAGAGUGCACGCGACGAUCGACAGGAAUGAGAAGCGUCUGGCGGAACAAGACCGACGCGAACGAAUGGAAUUAGAUUGGAAACAAGUCGCAUUAGUCAGUGAUCGAGCGUUACUUUGCGUUUUCUUCUUGACGACGGUCGUCAGCACCACCGUUAUCCUCUGUGGCUCUCCACCAGCCACGAAUAUCGCCAAGGAGGGAUAGAUUCGAGAAGAACGCUGAUAGGAAAAUUGUAUUAAC